AGCCGAGAACUGAUGAGUGUUUGACGUACUUCAUCUUCCCUCAUCAGCUCGAAGAAAACCUAAACUACUCCAAAUCGUUUCUUCGAUUCUCAAUCCCUAAUCUAAUCUAUCGAGCAUUCGGCGAGCAACAGAUCCGAAGUUCCGAACAUUAUCCAUUAUCAUCAACUGCGGUUCGUUUUCACAGAGGACCGAAGAUGCAAGCACGUUGUCAUCUUCAUCCACUCUCUUCCUUCUCUAAUAGAAGAAUUUCUGUUAAACCUGAUGGAUGGAGAAAGCUUAAACCUUUGAAUUCUAGUCAGAUUGGCUUCACUACUGGAGCUGAGAAUUGUAAACUGAUAUUGACUCAAAAAGAACAUAGAUUGUGUGUUAUCCCCAAUACAAAUGAUGGGCAUCCUUCUGUGACCUUGAUAGAAGAAGAUGUCAAUGGAAAUCACACACCUAGUUUGGAAACAGAUACAUUUUUGAGUAGAUGGUCACCUCCUCGGUAUGUAUGGAGAGGACUAUCGACCCUGGUCAUGGCAGGGCAGGUAAUUCUCAGGUCUCUAAAGGGACAAAUUCAUUGGAAGAACACUCUUCAGCAGCUUGAGAGAGUGGGGCCUAAAUCAGUUGGGGUUUGUCUUCUAACCUCAGCAUUUGUUGGCAUGGCCUUUACUAUCCAAUUUGUUCGAGAAUUUACCCGACUGGGGCUGAAUAGAUCUAUUGGUGGGGUAUUGGCCCUGGCUUUCUCAAGAGAGUUGAGUCCUGUGAUUACAUCGAUAGUGGUUGCAGGACGAAUUGGGAGUGCAUUUGCUGCAGAGUUGGGAACAAUGCAGGUUUCUGAGCAAACAGACACUUUGAGAGUUCUCGGGACGGACCCUGUUGAUUACCUUGUGACACCAAGGGUUAUUGCUACCUGUGUGGCUCUACCAUUUUUGACUCUCAUGUGUUUCACAGUUGGGAUGGCGUCCAGUGCCCUACUCGCUGAUGGCGUUUAUGGGGUUAGUAUUAAUAUUAUUAUGGAUUCUGCAAUGAGGGCACUUAGAUCAUGGGAUAUAAUUAAUUCAAUGAUCAAGUCCCAGGUUUUCGGUGCGAUCAUAUCGAUUGUGAGCUGUGCUUGGGGAGUUACUACCAUGGGAGGUGCUAAAGGGGUUGGGGAGUCCACGACUUCAGCUGUUGUUAUCUCCCUUGUUGGAAUCUUUGUCGCCGAUUUUGCGUUGUCUUAUUGCUUCUUCCAGUCAGCUGGAGAUCAACUAAAGAAUUGCAUGUAAUUGAUCUGCGUCUCGACGCCAGUUUGUGAGUUUUGGUGAGAGAUUUAUGUUUUUUGAUAAUGGAUUACAAUUCGCAUGCUGUGGUGGCUAGAGAUGGGAAUCAAUUUAGUUGACUGAGAGAAUGACAUACCAGCCUGCCUCUUUGAGUAGAGAAAGAGAUGAGGAACCAGUUGCAGUCGUUUGAAUAACUGAUGCAGUUUUCAUUUGUCAAUACUGAGAAAAAUAGGCAGCGUUGUUUGUGUUUUCUGGGAUAUUCUUGUAUUGCAUUAUAUGAAGGAUUGUUUGUACACUAUAUGGUGGCAGUUUAAUUUAGUGACUGGGUUUCUGGAACGAUGGACAAGAAGAAUCUUUAGGACAAAUGCAUGGAAGGCUAAAACCUCGUAUUUGCUAAUAAAUUGUACAAGUCCAGAUUUAUUCAGCACUGUGGAAUGGUGGAUCCAUCCAUUCGAGCCACUUCUUCAAGGUUUCUGUCUCGGAAAAAUAUUUUGGAAUGCCAGUCUUUCAGCCCUAAAUAAUUCUGAGGUACACAAAUUGUCCAUCCAGAUCUGUUGCAAUUAAAUCCCCUGCAACAAAGUCACUGCAGAUGCCGCCGGAUAACCUAGCCAGAAAUGAAACCAAUUCCAGGACUAGAGAAAAUCCAUGCUGUCAAGAGUCGCAUCAACCACUGAACCACUUAUUUACAGCACAUGAAACUGGUAAAAGGGCUGAAGCAAUCCAAACAUGGUUCCUCAGUGCAAGGAAAAAUUUGUUGGCAGUUUUGAAUUCAAUAUUAGAAACGCACAUCAUAAACACACCAAAUUCAAGAUAAAGCCAAUUAGAUAUUAAACAUCGAACUAGUCAAAGUCAAUUUCAAAUUUAACAAGAGUACAACAAUUUCAAGCACCACAGAAUAACAGCUUAAAAUGGUAAACUAUAGAGAAGGUCCCGUUUAAAUAAAGUCUAGGUUCGCAGUUCACAAAAACCAGUUGUAGCGCAGCGUGGAAGUGCUGUCUCUUCCAACUUCUUCCAACUUCAUGGGAGGUUAGUCCAUCCUUCCCUUCAAGAGUCUUUCCUUUAUUUCAGUGGGUGUA